GGUGUGCUUUACUCUCUCUCUGAUCUUACCAGGGCAAGACUGGGAGAGAUGGAUACCCGGGCCCGCUUGGCAUGGAUGGCAAACCAGGUCUCCCCGGUCCUAAAGGAAGUCAGGGACCAGCGGGACCCAAGGGAGAUAAGGGUGACCAAGGAGAUAUUGGUCCCAGGGGCCCUCCUCCCCACAACUCAUACGCUGGUCUGCACAGUAAUCAGAUCCUCACCGUCAAGGGUGACCAAGGGUCUCCUGGCCCCAGAGGCCCUCCUGGAAAUACGGGAAAAGACGGGCCCCGUGGCCCGGCUGGAGAACAGGGUUUCCCUGGUCGUGAUGGUAUGGAGGGCCAAGCAGGUUCACCUGGAAAGCCAGGUGAAGAUGGUGAAGCAGGAUACGCAGGACCACAGGGACCCCCAGGGUCAAAGGGCCCGGCUGGUGAGAGGGGCAUGGACGGACUCCCUGGGUUUAAGGGAGACAAAGGAGAUAUCGGAGAGCAAGGAGCCCAGGGAGACAUGGGUUACCCUGGUGAGAAAGGGGUUCCAGGCUCUACUGAGGUCAUUGACUUCAAUGGGAAGCUGCUAGAAGCCUUCCAGGGCCCACCAGGAUUACCAGGGUCCCCAGGUGGAAAGGGAGAGCUAGGCUUGCCUGGACCGUCUGGACUGGAUGGGGAGAAGGGUCCGAAGGGAGAUAUGGGGGAGACAGGGUCAAUCGGAGAGAAAGGAGAGAAAGGAGAGAUGGGUCUCUCUGGGCCAGGGGGAAUAGAUGGACAGAAGGGAGAGAUGGGAGACUCCAGGCUGGAAGAUAACCUGGUUCAGAUGAUUUCUCAGCCGGGCCCCCCAGGACUCCCCGGCCCCCCAGGACUCCCCGGACCUCCAGGGUACAUGGGUCACCAUGGAAUGUCUGGCCCUAAGGGAGAGCCUGGAGACAGAGCUAAAGGGGAAAAGGGAGACAUUGGACCUGCUGGACUGAGGGGUUUGGACGGUCCUCAGGGUCCCCCUGGUCCCACAGGAUUGGUGGGUCUCCCAGGCACAAAAGGAGAGAAGGGCAAGUCCGGGGAGCCUGGAAUGGAUGGUUUCCCAGGCCUGAUUGGUGAGAAGGGAUCCCGGGGAGACAGAGGAGACAAGGGUGACCGGGGGACGAUGGGGAAGAGAGGUCUGAAGGGCGGGAAGGGGGAGCAGGGUCCUCCUGGACUGGACCAGCCUUGUCCUGUGGGGCAAGAUGGACUGCCCAUACCAGGAUGUUGGCACAAGUGAUGACUAACAUCAAGCGUGGCCACUGUACAUAUUGAUAUGGUAUAUAUUACAACUGAAUAGUACAUUGCUUUUUUGUUAUUUUUUGCCUUUUUAUGGAAACAUUUUAUAUAAUAUAUUGAGCUUCUUUGUUUUUUUAUUAUGGACGUUAUUUUGAGUCAACAGUAUUAACCAGACUGGAUAUGUCUAUCGAUACAGAUAUUUUUUGUACACCUAGACUUUAGAUGUGAAGUAAAAUGUAGUAAAUGGAACACAGCCAUCUUGGAGCAACAUCGGGUACGAGAAAUAUAGGAGCAAACAGACUCCUAACCUAACAGACAGACAGACUGAUGGGCAGAUGGACGGACAGACACAUGUGUUGCUGGAGGGUUGAUGAAUAGGGAGAGUGGGUAAUGACUGCCUUACUAAUGGAGUAUCGUCUGCCCUGUUGCUGCCUGGCCCUGUUGCUGCCUGGCCCUGUUGCUGCCUGGCCCUGUUGCUGCCUGACCCUGUUGCUGCCUGGCCCUUUUGCUGCCUGACCCUGUUGCUGCCUGGCCCUGUUGCUGCCUGGCCCUGUUGCUGCCUGGCCCUGUUGCUGCCUGGCCCUGUUGCUGCCUGGCCCUGUUGCUGCCUGACCCUGUUGCUGCCUGGCCCUGUUGCUGCCUGGGGGUGUGUGCUUGCUCCACCCUGCUCGAUCCCAUGGAUGGACAGACCUCCUGGUGUGAUAGACAGAGGAGUGUAGUCAGUGCUCUCUUCUCCUCUCUCUGUUUUUGAAAGGAGGAGACAGAAGCUCAAACGCAAAUGUCUCACUCUGUCUCAGCCCUGAGGGGAGAGCAGGUCUGGAGGACAGAGAGAAGACGCGGGAGAGACAGACAGACAUGAGGGCACAAAGGACAGACAACCUCUAGAGUGACAGAACGGUUCUGUGCCAUUCAGUUCUAUUCGGAAUACUGAGAUCCUGUGUUAUGGAAACACACCAGGAGAGGGCGACACAGAACACUGCAUUACCACAUUCACUUGAAGUGAUCUCACCCAUAAAUUGUAGUUGUGGUUUUCAUCACACUCACUGUUGGUUCUGGGCUACAGAGGCAAGGAUUUACCUAUGAUGUCACAUAAUAAUAAUAAUAAUAAUAAUAAUAGUGGUAGUAGUAAUACAAUUAUGUGGAUAUGAUGAAAGUGUAUUUAUGACAUCUUUUAUUUUGUGUUUCCAUUUAAUAAAAUGCAUGAUCAACACAAGUCACAGCAAUAUAUAGCAUCAUGAAAACCUCUCCCAUACCAGCACACUAAGGCAAUAAGUUACUGAGGUAUGUCGUUUGCGAAGAGAAAUCUUUAAGUCUCUAACAGUCUUUCCAUGUACGUGUGGCUUACUGGCAGUGAUAACAAGUGUGAUGUUUUAUUUUAUUCUAGUUGAGUACAUUUGCAUUCCUGUGCAUGGACGUGUUUGUAUAAUAUACUGAGUUCAUUGUGUUAAAUUCAAAUUCAGAACUGAAGCAAUUUGCAGUAUUCCCAAAUAUGCAGUAUUCCAUCAAUGAAGUUGAACAAACGGUUUGAAUAUGAAGUCAUUUUGUGAUCAAUUUGGCUUUUAUCAGACAUAAGUCAAUUAGAAAUAUCACAUCAGUAUUUUCUGACAGUGUUGACAGUACAGUUUUGAAGUAUAUUUAAGGAUUAUCACUUAACCUUAUCUAAAAAAACACAUUUAGAUGAAAUACUGUUUUCUGAACAACAGUAUGGAGUCUUGCUGCUGACAUAAAAUGUUAUUGUUUGUUUGUUUUUCUUAGCCAAUGAGUUUAGUACAUUCGGACUGAAGUACAAUAAUGUACCCAAAGUCAUUGAUUUAACAACAGUUGUAUUCAUUGGUACACAUUGGCACACCUUGACAAAAAGGUAGUCCUUGUUGGUUGGUUUAACUAUACCUACUUGUUUUUUUUAUACAUUAUCACAUCAUGAAAGACAGAUUUUGAUCUCUUUUCAUUUGACAGUUUUAUUCUGAUUUACAUUUUUCUUUCUAACUUUAUGGAUUGUCUUUUGGAGAUCUAUCUUCUUGGUGCUCGAUCACUCUGUGUUUAGUCUUCUUGUAUGGUUCUUUAUCAACCCUACACACACACACACACACACACACACACACACACACACACACACACACACACACACACACACACACACAUACACACACACAUACACACACACACACAUACACAUACACAUACACAUACACACACACCAUUUCAAUGUCAACAGCACAUGACUGAUAUCAGGAGCUUAUAUAUAGUUUCAUUAUACUACAUUUAUGCUAUGAAAUGUAUGACUAUGAAAGUUAAUAAGCAAUUCUUUCAUUAUAUUGUACUUUACUAAUGCACAAGUUUCAGAAUUUUCAUUCACAAUGUGUUAUUUCCAACUGGGAUGUGGUGAUCAAUCAUAUUUGUUUCCUUUUUCAUUCUCAUUUAGUAUUGGACAUACUGUAUGCAGCAAUGUGCCUACCUUAAAGGUCAUUUAGUAUUGGACCUACUGUAUGCAGCAAUGUGCCUACCUUAAAGGUAAUUUAGUAUUGGACAUACUCUAUGCAGCAAUGUGCCUACCUUAAAGGUAAUUUAGUAUUGGACACACUGUAUGCAGCAAUGUGCCUACCAUAAAGGUAAUUUAGUAUUGGACAUAUUGUAUGCAGCAAUGUGCCUACAUUAAAGGUAAUUUAGUAUUGGACCUACUGUAUGCAGCAAUAUGCCUACCUUAAAGGUAAUUUAGUAUUGGACAUACUGUAUGCAGCAAUGUGCCUACCAUAAAGGUAAUUUAGUAUUGGACCUACUGUAUGCAGCAAUGUGCCUACCUUAAAGGUAAUUUAGUAUUGGACAUACUGUAUGCAGCAAUGUGCCUACCAUAAAGGUAAUUUAAUAUUGGACCUACUGUAUGCAGCAAUGUGCCUUCCAUAAAGGUAAUUUAGUAUUGGACCUACUGUAUGCAGCAAUGUGCCUUCCAUAAAGGUAAUUUAGUAUUGGACAUACUGUAUGCAGCAAUGUGCCUACCAUAAAGGUAAUUUAAUAUUGGACCUACUGUAUGCAGCAAUGUGCCUUCCAUAAAGGUAAUUUAAUAUUGGCCCUACUGUAUGCAGCAAUGUGCCUUCCUUAAAGUGCAAUUCCAGCGCUUUUCAACCUAAUGUUCAUUAUCUCCAGCACAAUACCAGUGUCUACAUAUGUGAAAAAAAGCGCAUUUCUUCGUUAUGUAGAAAAAAAUAUAAAGCAAAAAAAUUCUACCCGAUGACACAUUUUAAAAACAAUUAUAUUCAAACACUAUGAGAUUCCCUGCGGUGUAGGGAGCAAGAAAAUACCCUCUCGGGCUACGAAUUCAUUGCAGGUUUUGAAAAUCACAUAUUUUUUUUACUUUUAAUCCUACCCCGGGAUAUCACAGAGCACCUUUCUUCUCAUCUUUCUUUUUUCACCUUUCUUCUUUUAAGCACCUGUAAAAAAAAAAGAUAUAUCUAGCUUAAACAGAUGUAUUUUGACUCCAGGGAGUCUUUGUAACCACAUAUCAUAGAAACACACUGUUUUCACAUAUGUAGACACUGAUAUGGUACUGGAGAUAAUGAAUGAGGUUGAAAUGUGGUGGAAUUGCCCUUUAACAAACUGAUGUUUCUCUGCAAUAUUACAUGUGUUUAUUUCUUUGGCAGAUAUCAUCAGUUUUUCUUUUUUUAUUGAGUAUUUGCCAUCCAUUAUUGACACAAUGUCUGAGGACAGUUUGGCGUGUUUCAUAAAAAUAAUUAGAUGAAUUAGAGUUUGUUAAUUUGGUUGUGUAUUUGGUCGUAAAAGAAUUAAGCUAUUUUUGUCACCGCUAUCGUUAUCUCUUUAUUAUUCCAAAUCUGGUCAACUCAACAUGUAGACUGAAAUAAACUGUACAAUAUACUGUUA